GGCUCUUAAAAAGUAUGUAAAAAUUUGAAUAAAUAGAUAUACAAUUAUUUCUAAAAAUCAGGAAAAAGAAAACUUGAUACAAAGAAUAUUUUUGAAAAGCUGAUACCAUAUCAAAAUUAGAUUGAUAAUCUUUUUCAUUCUUAAUCAAAACAUGGCAAAAUGACAAUGGUGUGAUUUAACAACGUGUAAAGCCAGCACUCAAUACUAAAUAGUUCUUACAUUUAUGGCUGCAGCGUGUCAAGAUUCUAUGGCUGCCAUUAUUCUUGUGGACAUCUUCACCCCAACUGUUCAAGCAAACCGUAUGUAAAUCUCCUAAUCAGGGGACCCCCCCCCCCCCACACACACACACCCACUUCUUCCACCCCUUAGUGGAAUCAUAAUGAAACGUGUCAAGAUUCUAUGGCUGCCAUUAUUCUUGUGGACAUCUUCACCCCAACUGUUCAAGCAAACCGUAUGUAAAUCUCCUAAUCAGGGGACCCCCCCCCCCACACACACACACCCACUUCUUCCACCCCUUAGUGGAAUCAUAAUGAAUGAUGACCAGUUAUUGAACAUGUUAAGCAUAUUUGUCAGAUGUCAUGAACUUCUAGAUAUGUCUAAAUUCAUGUAUGUAAUUAUGCCAGUUACGAUUUGUAUGAAUUUUGAUAUAGGGGCCAUACUUUAUUCAGAACUAUGUUAGAAUAGUUCAUCUGCCACAGAUGACUGGAUAUGACAGCAGUAAGACACACAGCAAGAAAUUCAACAGGCUCCCUUCAAUGCACAAAAAUACAAGUGUAAUGACACACAACACCCAGUACCCCCCAUCUGCACAUACACUUGAGAUUAUAUAUAUUAUAUAUUCUUCCCUGUGGAGUGAUGUCCCUCCAAGCAACCCUCUCAUACAUCUAGCAAAUUAUUUGAUCAGUGUUAACUUUGAUUGUAAUAAGAAUAACUGAUUAUAGCUAAGACAAAUAGGUCACUAUAAGAUAUCUUAUUUAUGCUGUGGCUCAGACAAUUUAGCUGUUUGGACAAGGGUAAAAGGCACAGUCUAUGUUUGAAAGUUUAGUGGCCAAGAAGUUUGGAGUUGCAUGAAAAUAAUUGCACGGGUUUAAAAUAGGAAUAUAAGAUAUUUUGUUGUGUCAUCAUGUAAUAUGCAUAAGGCAUUUUAAUGUGAGGUUUCAUAACUGAUGUGCAUGUUCAAAUGAGAUCAGUGAGUAAUUUUAUAGUGACGUGUUCUUGACGUGUAUAAAGUAAUGUAAAACUGUGUCACUUGUGUUAUGGGAUGUUUAUGAGAACAUGCAUAUUUGUCUUAUCAAAAACAAUAAAUGUGUGAAUGUAUGUGAAUUAAAAUAGUUCAGUGAAUAGAUUCCUGGACUUAAACAUUCCAGUCUAACUUGGAAUAUCAGCUCUAUAUUUUUUUUAAUGAUCCAUUUAGUUAUUAGCAACUAAUCAUUGUUUUUUUUUUAAACAAAAAGUUUUCUUAUCUAAAUUAUGUUUAUUUAUUGCCUAUUUACUGUCCUAUUUUCUUCUAAUAAUUUUACUUUUUUUUCCCCACGUUGUAAAAUUUACACAGAGUAUACUAAAUCAAUCUUGUAGUUUUGAACUUCAGUAUGAUGGUUGGCCAUUUUUAUUCUAGCGUCAUGGAAGGAUUGUUUGGUUUGUGUAAGUUAUAUAAGUUGUUUUUUUUUAAACAUGUUGAUUUUUUUUAAAUUGUAUAAAUUUAUUUUAAUUUCAAUAAAAACCUAUUAAUG